AUGCAGCUAGAUACAGGGGCAGAUGUUACUAUCUUGCCGGAGUAUAUAGCUAAGACAAUUCCUGGUAUUAAGAUGCAGCCAGCAGAUAAAGGACUGCAGACAUAUGGGUCACAUGGGUUGACCGUAAAGGGUAUGGCUAAAGUAAUGGUAAAGUAUGAAGAUCAGGUGCAUGAAGAUUUACCUUUAUAUGUUGUGAAAGAGAGAGACGAAUGUCUUUUAGGAUUGCAAUGGUUAUCCCAAAUUAACUUUAAUUGGCCAAAGGUGUUUGAGAAAGUAUCCAAGGUAAACAUAAGAAAUUUAUCAUCCAUAAAUGAGAUCAUACCACUAUACCCUGAAGUUUUCUCUGAGGGUAUAGGUACAGUAGCAAAUAGCCAAGCCUCAUUAGCACUGCAACCAGAGGCAGCUCCGAAGUUCAUGUCUCCCAGGAAAAUUCCGUUUGCAUUGAAGCCUGCUGUAGAACAAGAGAUUCGCAGAUUGGAGGCUGAAGGAACCUGGGAGAAGGUUAAUUAUUCAAAUUGGGGUACACCUUUAGUACCAAUAGCAAAAAGAGAUGGCAGUGUAAGACUCUGUGGAGAUUAUAAAGUAACUGUAAAUCCACAACUGCAGGUUGCACAACAUCCGCUUCCAAAUAUUCAGGAUAUGUUAGCUGCUAUAGGAGAUUGCAGAGUAUUUUCAAAGAUUGAUUUAAAAUCUGCAUUUUUACAAUUAAUGAUGGACGAUAAGUCACAAGAGAUUUGUACACUGAGCACUCAUUUAGGGUUGUUCAGGCCAAAAAGACUGCCAUUUGGAAUAGCAUCAAGUCCAGCUCUUUGGCAGCAAACCAUGGACAAGAUAUUCCAUGCCUUACCUGGAGUAUUUUGUUUUGUAGAUGAUAUUUUGAUAGCAGGAAAGGAUGAAAGAGAACAUCUUGAAAGAUUAUUGGCUGUUUUAGAUAGAAUCAAGGAAAAUGGAAUGAAAACACACAAAAGUAAAUGUCACUUCUUUGUAAAAUCCCUAGAGUAUUUAGGCUUCAAAAUUGAUGGUAAAGGUAUCCAUAAGACAGAUGAAAAGGUUAGGGCAGUAAAUGAUGCUAAAGUGCCAGAGAAUGUUAAAGAAUUACAGUCAUUUUUAGGGUUAGUCACAUUUUAUGGUAAAUUUGUUAAGAAUUUAGCCACUAUUGCUAGCCCAUUGUAUAGUUUGACCGCAAAAGAAGUUCCAUGGAACUGGUCAGUAAAAUGUCAAGAAGCUUUUGACAGGAUUAAGGCUGAGAUAACUAAAGAAACAUUUCUGGUACACUACAAUAAAGAUUUGCCUGUAAAACUAGUGUGUGAUGCAUCGCAAGUAGGGUUAGGUGCAGUAUUAGCUCACGUUAUGGAAGAUGGUACUGAAAGACCCAUUGCUUUUGCAUCAAGACUACUGAAUAAGGCAGAACAGAGAUAUUCUCAGAUAGAGAAAGAAGGAUUAGCUUUGGUUUAUGGUGUUAAAAAGUUCCACAUGUACCUUUAUGGCAGAAAGACCUUUACAUUAGUAACGGAUCACAAGCCACUAUUAGCCAUUUUAGGACCAAAGAAGAGUCUGCCGGAAUUAGUAGCAGCUCGUUUACACAGAUGGUCAAUAACCCUAGCUGCCUAUAACUAUGAUAUAGAGUAUAGGUCAACAGCUAAGAUGGGGAAUGCAGAUGCUCUGUCGAGACUGCCAGUCGAUCAGGCUUCCAGUGAGGAUUCAUCGAGCAUUUUGUUGGUAGACGCAUGCGAGUUGCCGGUUACAUCGAAGCAAAUUGCAUGUCAGACUAAGAAGGAUCCCAUAUUAUCUAGGGUUUUACAGUGUUUGUCACAAAAUAAUAAGGAUGUAUUGUCGGAACAGCGAUACAAGCCAUUUACAGACGUGUGGUCAGAGUUGUCUGUUGUACAGGAUUGUAUAUUGAGAAAUACCAGGGUAAUAAUCCCGGACCGUUUGAAAGGUAGAGUUCUAGCGGAGUUACAUGCCGAACACCAAGGUAUUGUACGCACAAAGGCAAUUGCUCGUACUUUUGUGUGGUGGCCUGGUAUUGAUAAUGACAUUACGACUUAUGUAAGAAAUUGUGAGGGAUGUGCAUUCCAGCAGAACAAUCCAGCUCCCUGUAAGACACACCCUUGGGAGACACCUAGUACUCCAUGGCAGAGAGUACACAUCGACUUUGCAGGUCCAUUUCGAGGUCACACUUUCUUGAUUGUGGUUGACUCAUUUAGUAAGUGGCCUGAAGUUAUACCAAUGACCUCUACAACUGCAUAUAGCACCGUGAGAGUGCUCAUGUCCCUAUUCGCAACACAUGGUAUUCCUGAGCAAAUUGUGUCAGAUAACGGACCUCAGUUUGUUUCAAGUGAGUUUGAGUUUUUGUAA